GACGGAGCCAUGUGUGCAAAAUCAAACGGAAAAAAAAAAGAAAAAGAAACUAAAAUCUCAAAAACGCUUUUCAAUCUAUACUUCCGCUUGCAAUCCCAAUUCGUUCCCUAAACUCACCGAGUCAAUCCCGGCUUCGAUUCGUUGCCCUCCUCCUCUCGUAAACCUAAACUUUCUCAUGGAGAUCGCCUCUGGGAAGGCGCCACUACUACCGCCAUCGAAUCACGUAGACGCUAAUGAUACCCUAAGACCGUCGUCUCCAUCCUCCACAUCAUCUUCAUCGAGUUCUACGGCAUCGAAUCGCGUAUUUGAUAAAGGGGAGGGGAACGGAGCUUCGUCGGCGGCGGCAGCGGCAGCGGCAGCGGCAUCGAAGUAUGAGGACGAUGAGGAGGAGGAGGAUGUUUGCCGGAUCUGUAGGAACCCGGGAGAUGCGGAGAAUCCUUUACGGUAUCCGUGUGCUUGUAGCGGAAGUAUUAAGUUUGUGCACCAGGAUUGUCUUCUCCAGUGGCUGAAUCACAGCAACGCUCGCCAAUGCGAGGUCUGCAAGCACGCAUUCUCUUUCUCUCCUGUUUAUGCUGAGAAUGCCCCGGCAAGGCUUCCUUUUCAGGAGUUUAUAGUUGGGAUGGCAAUGAAGGCUUGCCAUGUUCUGCAAUUCUUUUUGCGUCUUAGCUUUGUACUUUCUGUUUGGCUCCUUAUUAUACCCUUCAUAACAUUUUGGAUAUGGCGUUUGGCUUUUGUUAGGAGUUUUGGUGAAGCCCAGAGAUUAUUUUUAAGUCAUAUAUCCACCACUAUUAUUCUUACUGAUUGUCUGCAUGGCUUCCUACUUUCUGCAAGUAUUGUGUUCAUUUUUCUUGGGGCCACUUCAUUAAGAGAUUACUUUAGGCAUUUAAGAGAGCUUGGAGGUCAGGAUGCUGAGAGAGAAGAUGAAGGUGACAGAAAUGGUGCCCGUGCUGCAAGAAGGCAACCGGGGCAAGCAAAUAGAAAUUUUGCUGGUGAGGCAAAUGCUGAAGAUGCUGGUGGAGGACAAGGAAUUGCUGGGGCUGGUCAAAUAAUCAGAAGAAAUGCAGAAAAUGUUGCUGCUCGAUGGGAGAUGCAGGCAGCUCGUCUGGAGGCUCAUGUUGAACAAAUGUUUGAUGGUUUAGAUGAUGCUGAUGGUGCUGAGGAUGUUCCUUUCGAUGAGCUUGUUGGCAUGCAGGGUCCUGUGUUCCAUUUAGUUGAAAAUGCAUUUACUGUUCUUGCUAGCAAUAUGAUAUUCCUUGGUAUAGUGAUCUUUGUACCCUUUUCACUCGGACGUAUUAUACUCUAUCAUGUAUCAUGGAUUUUCUCGUCUGCAAGCGGUCCAUUAUUGUCAACAGUUAUGCCAUUUACAGAUACUGCCCUCUCCAUAGCAAAUUUUACGUUGAAGAAUGCAUUAACUGUUGUUACAAAUUUGACAUCUGAAGGCCAAGAUGGUGGACUUCUUGGUCAGGUUGCAGAUAUUUUAAAAGUAAAUGCAAGUGGUCUAAAUGAAGUCUCAAAGAAUGUAAGCACUCCACUGUCAGCAGAUCUCUUAAAAGGGUCAAGUAUUGGCACAUCACGACUUUCUGAUGUAACAACUCUUGCUAUUGGAUACAUAUUUAUAUUUUCCCUAGUCUUCUUCUAUCUUGGAAUUGUUGCUUUGAUUCGUUACACGAAGGGUGAGCCUUUGACUAUGGGGAGGUUUUAUGGUAUCGCUUCUAUAGCAGAAACAAUUCCAUCCCUUUUCAGGCAGUUCUUGGCUGCAAUGAGGCAUUUGAUGACUAUGAUUAAGGUUGCCUUUCUUUUGGUUAUUGAACUUGGCGUAUUUCCUUUGAUGUGUGGUUGGUGGUUGGAUGUUUGUACUAUAAGGAUGUUCGGGAAGUCCAUGGCUCAGAGAGUUCAAUUCUUCUCAGUUUCUCCUUUGGCAAGCUCAUUGGUUCAUUGGGUUGUAGGAAUUGUUUAUAUGCUACAAAUAAGCAUCUUUGUCAGUCUUCUUCGAGGGGUAUUACGCCCUGGAGUAUUGUAUUUCCUUCGAGAUCCAGCCGAUCCAAACUACAACCCGUUUCGAGAUUUGAUUGACGAUCCUGUGCACAAGCAUGCUCGCAGGGUUUUGUUGUCUGUUGCAGUUUAUGGAAGUUUGAUUGUCAUGCUGGUGUUUUUACCUGUCAAACUUGCAAUGCGCAUGGCUCCCUUCAUUUUUCCUUUGGACAUAUCGGUUUCUGAUCCAUUUACUGAAAUUCCAGCUGACAUGCUUCUUUUCCAAAUUUGCAUUCCAUUUGCCAUCGAGCAUUUUAAAUUGCGGACUACAAUCAAAUCCCUCCUCCGCUAUUGGUUUACCGCAGUUGGCUGGGCACUCGGUUUAACAGACUUUUUACUUCCAAGACCUGAAAACAAUGGUGGCCAGGACAAUGGAAAUCCAGAGCCAGGAAGGCAAGAUAGACUUCCAGCGGUACAACUAGGUGGCCAAGAUCGAGCAUUGGUGGCACUUGUUGCUGAUGAUGAUCAAAACAGAGGUCUUCUUGCAGCAGGAAGCUCUAAUGCUGCUGAGGAGGAUGAUAGUGAUGAACAAUCUGAUUCAGACAGGUACAGCUUUGUUCUUCGUAUUGUUCUCUUGCUGAUUGUAGCUUGGAUGACUCUGCUUGUCUUUAACUCGGCCUUGAUUGUAGUACCAAUAUCACUUGGGCGUGCCCUUUUCAAUGCCAUUCCUCUUCUCCCAAUAACUCAUGGCAUCAAGUGCAAUGAUCUUUAUGCCUUCAUAAUUGGAAGCUAUGUCAUUUGGACUGCGUUGGCUGGAGCCAGAUAUUCUAUUGAACAAGUUAGAACUAAUAGGGUGACGAUUUUGCUUGGUCAAAUCUGGAAGUGGUGUGGCAUUGUUCUCAAGAGCUCUGCAUUGUUAUCAAUAUGGAUUUUUGUCAUCCCAGUAUUGAUUGGGCUGCUCUUUGAACUUCUGGUGAUUGUGCCUAUGCGAGUGCCUGUGGAUGAAAGCCCAGUUUUCCUCCUGUAUCAGGACUGGGCAUUGGGACUUAUCUUUCUUAAGAUCUGGACCAGGCUGGUGAUGUUAGAUCAUAUGAUGCCACUUGUGGAUGAAAGCUGGCGAAUAAAAUUUGAAAGGGUAAGAGAAGAUGGUUUCUCAAGGCUGCAAGGUCUCUGGGUCCUGCGAGAGAUUGUGUUCCCUAUAAUAAUGAAGCUCCUAACAGCCCUAUGUGUGCCAUAUGUAUUGGCAAGAGGUGUGUUUCCUGUGCUUGGGUACCCGUUAGUAGUGAACUCGGCUGUGUACCGAUUUGCAUGGUUGGGAUGUCUCUGCUUCAGUGCUCUAUGCUUUUGUGCAAAAAGAUUCCAUGUUUGGUUCACCAAUCUUCACAACGCUAUACGUGAUGAUCGCUAUCUCAUCGGUCGUAGGCUCCACAACUAUGGAGAGGAUACAGAGGAGAGGCAAAAUGAGGCAGGGGUUUCAUCUGAAAUGCAAAAUUCUAAUUUGCUAGGUGCAGGAUUGAAUCAAGAUAAUCGUGAAUUGUUGAGGUUAAGGCGUGUUAUUCAAGGAGAGGAUGAUCACGAGGAUUAGCUGAUACGACAGGACGAUUAGGAAUAUGCUAAUCUCACUAAGGCAGCACAUUCCCCCUAAGAAUUGUUAAUAGGAUGUACUAUUGGGAGACUUUAGUGUGUGCUCAUUAAUAGGAUAUACAUGAUAAUUAUUAGUUAGAAUGGGAAAAACAUUAAGUUGUUCAUUGUAAGAACAUGUCUUUUGCAGGUAUUUUUUCAUGAACACUUGUACAUAUAAUCGUGUUAUGAAUUGCCAUUCAUGGUUACUCCAGCUCGAUAUUAUCAAGAAUCCCCGACUGCAUUACCCCUUUCAA